AUGUGCAGGAACUCUGGUAAUUCAGAGAUGGUAGCUUCAAACAAAAGCACGUUAGAAGAGGUUUUGGACAUUGAAAACAAUAUGGCUCAGUGGGUGCUCAAUCCUCCAGAUCCACCUUCCAUGCUGCGUCAGCUCGUGGACAACGUCAAGGACACCCUCUUACCGCAUCCACAUCCAAACACAUUCUCUUCUCUCAGGAACCAACCCUUUUCCAAACGCGCUUUUGCCUUCUUGCAGGGCUUGUUUCCCAUUCUUGCUUCAUUCCAAAACUACAAUGCCCAAAAGUUCAAGUGCGAUUUCAUGGCCGGUCUAACCCUCGCAAUCUUCGCCAUUCCUCAGUGUAUGGGAAAUGCAACAUUGGCGCAGCUAAGUCCAGAAUAUGGCCUCUACACAGGAAUUGUGCCACCUCUUAUUUAUGCUUUGCUAGCGAGUUCAAGGGAGAUAGUGAUUGGACCAGGAUCUGUAGAUUCACUGCUACUUUCCUCAAUGAUUCAGACAUUGAAGUUUCCAAUUCAUGAUUCUAUCACAUACACUCAGCUUGUUUUCACUGUAACUUUUUUUGCGGGCAUCUUUCAAGUUGCUUUCGGCCUCUUUAGGUUUGGUUUUCUGGUGGAAUAUAUCUCCCAAGCCACGAUCGUAGGGUUCUUGGCAGCAGCAGCCGUGGGCAUUGGACUACAACAAUUGAAAGGAUUACUUGGGAUCGUUAACUUCACCAACAAAACUGCUUUAUUUUCCGUCGUCAAAUCUCUUUGGACAUCCUUCAAAAACCAAUCAGCGUGGCAUCCCUACAAUUUCAUUAUUGGAAUCUCAUUUCUCUGUUUCAUCCUAUUUACCAGAUUCCUGGGGAGAAGGAACAAGAAACUUAUCUGGUUAUCACACGUUGCUCCUCUCCUUUCUAUUAUUGUAUCCUCUGUCAUUGCGUACAAAAUAAAUGUUCAUGAGCAUCAAGUGAAGGACUACAGAGUUGAAGUGUUGGGACCAAUUAAAGGAGGGAGCUUGAAUCCAAGCUCACUCCAUCAGUUAACAUUUGAUAGCAAAGUUGUGGGGCAUUUGAUCAGAAUAGGGUUCACCAUUGCUAUUAUUUCACUCACGGGAUCUAUUGCUGUUGGACGAUCCUUUGCAUCUCUAAAAGGACACAGUAUUGAUCCCAACAGAGAAGUGGUAUCCUUGGGCAUAAUGAACAUUGUUGGAUCCUUAACCUCUUGCUACAUUGCAUCAGGGUCUUUGUCACGCACUGCAGUAAACUACAAUGCUGGGUCAGAAACAAUGGUGUCGAACAUAGUGAUGGCAUUGACGGUGCUCUUGUCACUUAAAUUUUUGACAGGGCUUUUAUAUUUUACUCCGAAAGCAAUCUUAGCAGCAAUAAUUCUGUCGGCUGUGCCAGGACUGAUUGACCUAAAGAAAGCAUGUGAAAUUUGGAAGGUUGAUAAAAUGGAUUUCCUUGCUUGUGCUGGAGCCUUCUUGGGAGUCUUGUUUGCAUCUGCAGAAAUAGGCCUUGCAAUUGGGAUCACGAUAUCAUUCGCGAAGAUAAUUCUAACCUCAAUUCAACCUGCUAUUGCGGUUAUUGGAAGGCUUCCAGGAACCGAUUCAUUCGGCGAUGUUCAACAGUAUCCAAUGGCACUCAACAUUCCUGGAGUGUUCAUCGUGUCUCUAAAAUCUGCAUGGCUUUGUUUUGCAAAUUCAAAUCUGGUGGAGGAAAGGAUUGAGCGAUGGGUGACCAAUGAAAAAGCUAAGCAUGGGAAAGGAGGAGAAAGAACCUUCCAUCACGUCAUCAUUGAUGCCUCAAGUCUAACGAAUAUUGACACCGCGGGAAUUGCUUCUCUGGUGGAGCUGAAUAAAAAUCUGACUUCACGUGGAGUAAAGUUAGCUAUCGCUAACCCUAGGUGGCAUGUAAUUCACAAGCUAAGAUUAUCUAACUUCGUCACCAAAAUUGGAGGAAGGGUUUUCCUUUCUGUGGGAGAAGCAGUAGAUGCCUGUCUUGGCACUAAAAUGGUUUCUGUAUAA